AUGAAGCUGCUAGAAAUUUACAAAAUGUUUCAAAAAAGAAACUUCGGCAUUGUUUGGGACAAAAGUCUAUGGCUCGAACUAAACGUAAAUUGAAGGAGUUAGAUCCAGAAAAUUAUGAUGAGUUUGAUAUAUUUAUUAAGUGCCAUAAGAAAAAGAUGGGUCUUGGAGACUAUCCACAUGAGAAAACUCAAGACGUUUGUGUUAUUAAAAGGAUUGAGGAGCUCAGAGUUCAACUUCAAGAUGUAGAUCCAGUAACAAAAGCCCAACGAUUGAAACUAUCAACUGUUCUUGAUGAGGUAGCAGGAAAGCACCAUGGGGGAUAUGAAAGAGGAUAUGGUAUUGGAUACAAAGGAAGGACAACGAGUCACCAGUUUUCUACAUCCUAUAACGUCAAGAGUAGUAUAAACAACUCUCAACUUCAAGAAGAGCUAGAUGUUGCUAACCAGAAAAUCCAAGAGUUAUAUGCUGCUAAUAAGAAAAUUCAAGAGUUACACGAGGAGAUGCAGAAAAGAGCUGAGGAAGCGGAAAGAGAAAAGGCACGGGAAAAAGAAGAAAGAGAUUAUCAAAUGCAAGAAAUGCAAAGGAUAGUGUCUAGCUUUCAAGCCAUGGCUGGAUUAAACAGACAACCACAAUAAUUGGAUGCAGGCACAUGCAUGAUAUGGAUGGAGGUUGCAAGGCGAUGAAUGGUCGAGGGGACUCAAAUUUGCUGCAAUGGAGUGGUGGGAGAAGUCAUCGGAUUAAACAUUAUGAAUGAACAAAUUGUGAAAUUGAUAAGCUACGGCCUCAUUGAACUUUAUCGUUUGAAUACUACUUAGUCAUUGUUUAUUUCUUUACUAUCGUAUGUCAUUUGGAUAAUUUUUGUUUGUUAGAUUUGUUAUUGAGUCUUAGAAGUUUUACUGUGUAGAGUUGGGAACCUUAUAAAUUAAUGGUCCAAAUUAAAAAUUUUGUG